GUUACACGUAUUACAUUAACGACCACCGGUACCACACACAUUCAUCUUCCUCCCACAGACCUGAGAAAUCAAAAGUAGUAAAACAAUGUCACUCCUUCACACCAACUGCUUCCUCAACUCACCUCAUCCCCUUCCCUUCAAACCCAGAAAGCAUCAUCAUCAUCUCCUCUCAUUUUCACCCUACUUUCUCUCUCCUCCUCCUCCUCCUCCAAUUUCUACAACAUUCCCCAAAACAACGUACCUUCCUUUUAAACCCUCGGCGUCUCUGCAGCCGGUUUCAUUUGUUGAUCAUAAUACUUCUCCUCCAUUGAUUUCAGCAACUGAUGUUGUCAGAAACUUCUAUGGCGGUGUCAACCGUCAUGAUCUUUCCUCAGUUGCGCCCUUAAUUGCGGAUGAUUGUGUUUAUGAGGAUCUUGUCUUUCUCCGUCCCUUUGUUGGUCGGAAGUCUAUCCUGGAGUUCUUCGGGAAGUUUACUGAUUAUGUCAGCACCAGUUUGCAGUUUGUGAUUGAUGCUAUCUCCGAGGAAGAUUCAUCUGCUGUUGGUGUGACAUGGCAUUUGGAAUGGAAUGGGCGCCCCUUUCCGUUUAGCAAAGGUUGCAGCUUUUAUCAAUUGAGGGUAGUAAAUGGUAUUCGACAAAUAAUUUAUGCUCGAGAUAGCGUGGAACCUGCAGUUAAACCUGGAGAAUCAGCUUUGAUUGCUAUCAGAGGUGUUACAUGGCUGCUGCAGAAAUUCCCCAAGCUUGCAGAGCGGUUAUAAAGUUAUGAUAAAUAACAGUGGGAAAUCAAUCACCGCAUGGCUUUGGGGGCCAUACUCGUAGGUUUUUGCAACUUCUUAACAGAAACAGGGAGCGAAGGUACCGAUGCAUGCUAUGAAAGCAAUUCCUUGAAUAUUGGCGAGCAUAAUAAGGUUUGCAACUGGUCAUGUAUACACGGUCAUUUUGUAUAGUUUGAAAGGGGAAAAGGAAAGAACCACGAGCUAGAAACCCCUUAUAUAUCUCCUUUGUAUAAGCAUGUUUCCUUGUAAUUAAUUUGUACGGGCAUGGUUCAUAGCCUCAUAUAGUGUAGCAGUGGAUCAAUUUUUGUUUUGUUUUGAAAGGCAAGUAGAAAAGUACAUUAAGAGUCCCUAUGUUCGUAAGAAAUCACUAUCUAAAAUUGAAAGUAACUAAGAACCAUUACAAGUGUCGGAACAUUUGUAAUUCAAUUUGCUGCAAUGCUGCUCGAUUUGCUUCUUUGUAGUA